AUGCCGCGCCUGGUGCGCUGCAGGGGGCUGGCCGGGCCGGGCGAGCCCUCCGCGGAAAGCGACGCCGACAGCUGCGGGGGCCGCUGGCAGGAGCCGCCGCCCGCCCCGCGGAGAGCUGCCUCGUCCGCGUGGUGCCUGUGCCGCCUCUGCCCGGUGCUGCUGCUGUGCGUGUGCACCCUGCACUUCAGGGACGGCGCGGCCGUGGCAGGCGGCCAGGCUUCCGCAGAGGAGGCCGCCGCGGCCACGGACGACGACGAGGCGCUCACGUACACGGCGUACUACGUCGCGCGCCGCGGGCCCGAGCCCGGCGGGAUGCCAAGGGGCGGGCGCUUCGAGGUGGCCGAAGGCAGCUUCGAGGCCUUCAGCGGCAGGCUACUGAGGACCCGGAUGAUGACCAAGUUGCACGCGCGCAAGAUAGAGGCGGUGAAGGUAUCCCCCGACUGGCGCUAUGUGAUGUUCGUCGCCGCCCUCGCGAGCGACCUCGGCAACCUGUAUGCCGUGGGGACGCAGGAUGCGGAGCAGGACAGGGCCUCGGCCAUCCUGGACGAGGCAGGGGCCCGCAGCCUCUGGCUCACGGACCGCUCUGCGAGAGCGCGCACAACCCUGGUGCGCGGCGGCAGCCCGCCGGCGCAUGGGGCGCGGCAGCCGCCGCAGCGCGGCCUCCGCAUGGGCGUCGACCAGUCGCCGAGGUUGCGAGCAGCAGCGCCCCCUGCCCCGCGGACGCCUUCCAGCCUGGGCUCCCGCACGAGUGCUCCCAGCGUGCAGCUGGCACCGCGCAGCAAGCCUGGGGAACGCACGGAGUGGGCGGAGCUGGCAGGCGGCAUCCAGGAGCGCCUGCGUCCGCUGUGCGGGUGUGUCAGAGGGCGCGAGCUGGACAACGGCACCGUGUUGCAGGCUACCCUGGCGGACUCCGAAGGAGGGCUACCCUGCCUGGCAGUCGGCAGCGACGGGCUGGUGGCUUCCACCUCCAGGGCCUUCCAGGAUCUGGUCGGCCACGGCCAGGACGACCUCCUGGGGCGGCGCCCUGCCGACAUCACCCUGCUCUGCCCAGCGCCCCCCUGGCUGCACGAGGUGCUGAACGGACAGUCAUGGGGACAUGUAGCAGCUUUCUACAGAGGCGUCGCGCUGGCGCAGAAGGCUGAGCGGUGCCUGGCGAUGCUGGCCUCCCCGCCAGCACCUGUGCCGCGAGCGUUGCCCUCAAGGCGGAGCUCGGUGCCGGCAUCACGAGCGGGGGGCGACAUGCAACGCAGCCGUACGGGCCUCGCCGCGGCCGCGGAGGAGAAGAAGGGCAGGUACGACAGCACGGCCACGAGCCAGCGGGAAGACUGCAGCACCUCCGAGGACGAGGGCUGGCCCCUCUCCGAGGAAGACCGCGGUGCACCAGUGGAGCCUGCGGUGACGGCCAAGCCGCCCGCGGAGGAUCUCUGCGCCCCAAGGGCGGUCCUACUGGUCGGCGCGACGGCUUCGGGGGAGGCGGCGUGGCAGCUCACGUUCACGUUUCGCGCCCAGCUGGGCACGCGUCACUUUGCCGUGCACGUGCCCGUCCUGCUGGCCCCCCAGGUGCCAGGCCUCCUCUGGCCGUGCCCCGGGGCCCCUCUCGCCUCGGAGCUGCUCGUGGACCACGCGGUGGUCCAGGCGGCCCUCGGCAGGCUCCGGAGCAGCAUCGGCUCCUGGGGCGGAGGGGAGGGCGCGGAAGACCUGGUCGAGGCCGCCUCGGCCGCGUGCUCGGCGCUGGGGGAAGCCCUGGCGCCGGGCUCCGCGUGCGAGGGCCACCACUUCGUGCCCAGGCUGGGCUCCGCGUGCAGGGUGCCGCUCGACAGCCUGAGGGCGUGGCAGCAGGGCUUCGCGGGGAUGGAGGCCGCGGUGACGGCGGGCUGGGCCCGCCCCGACCCCUCGCUGCUGCCGCACGGCGCUGCUCGGGGGCAGCCCGCGGCCGCCGGGCUGCACGGCGCGGCGUGCUGGGUGUCCGACCCGAGCGAGCCAGACUGCCCUCUGGUCUACGUGUCCCGCGGCUUCGAGGACCUGACGGGCUACUGGCAGGCCUUCGCCCUCGGACGCAACGUCCGCUUCGUGCAGCCCAAGGACCGCGGGCGGAACCGCAGGUACAACGGGCCGGAGCUGGCGCGCAUCCGGCGCUUCUGCGAGCACGGCCGGGAUGACGACCAGGCUAAGUUCGUGACUGUCUUGUUGUGCGAGUCGGCCACAGGCCAGCUGGUGUGGACGAUGCUUUACAUGCAGUGCGUCGCAGAACCUGGCGAGGGGGGGCACAAGCCCUACGUCUUCGGCCUGCUGAUCCCUCUGUGGCUGCAGACGGAGGUCAUCGACAAGGUCCUCGGCCGCGAGUGGACCGACCAGAACGCCACCUCCCUGGCGGACCUGCGGGCCCGGCUGCUGGAGCAGUACGCGUCCUUCGACCACGCGAAGGAGGCCCUGCACUCUCUCGCCGACCGGGUGCUCCAGCAGUGGGUGUUCCGCCACGGCGGCGCUGCGCCCCCCGUCGGCAUCUCGGCCGCGCGGCGCUUCGCCAGGCGCUGCAGCGGGGGCGCCGCAGGGCUGGUGAGUAGGGAGCCGCGUUGGGUGCGGGGCGCCUCCGUGGCCUUCGCGAUCGUGGACCCCGAGGCGCUUGACUGCCCGCUGGUGCACGCGGGACCUGGCCUCACCGAGCUCACGGGGUACAGCGCCGAUGAGCUGCUCAGCCGCAACGUGAGGGUUCUGCAGCCGUCGUCGCCGGCGAUUAGCAGGGCGGCGAACGGCGAUCAGCCCUCCCGCCUGGACGACUUCUGCUUGAGAAGCAGGGCCGACAGGGGCCCUCAGGAGGCACCCGGCGGACGGGCGACCGGGUUGGGCGGCAUGGCGACGGGCCUUUCGCGGGGCCCUUCGCGGAGCCCUUCCCGGGGCCCUUCCCGGGGUCCUUCCCCGGGCCGUGCCCGGGGUCCUUCCCCGGGCCCUUCGCCCGGCGCUUCCCCGGCCCGCUCGAAGUCUUCCCCGCCCCAGUGGACCACGGGGCCACCCCCACCACCCCGCUGGGCAGCAGGCGGGGCAGGCCGGACCACGCUGCUAGGCGACGCGGGCACCCAGGGUCAGAAGCCUGCAGCGUCGCAGCUGGGCCUCUUCCUGGCCGAGAGGCCCACCGGGGAGCGGUACUGGGUGCUGCUGCGUGCCGAGUGCGUGCACUUCGAAGACGAAGCGAAUGACGGCCAGGAGGCUGGGGUGCCGCUCCACGGCGACGCGGCGCGAUCGAACAGCAAGGAGGCCAGGGUCGGGCAGCCACGGCCGGUGUGCGAGGGGGCUCUUGACGACAGCGCUCUUGUCGGGCCGCAGACCCUGCCAUACGUCCGCCUGGACUUCAUCAGGCUGAACCUGCGACUGCCCGCGGCGCUCUGGCACAGACAGGUGACUGACUUCGAAGAGCAGCUGCCCGACUGGAGCACUUUCCUGGAGUCGCUGCGCGAGGGGCUGGACAGCGAAAACUUCGGGCAUGCGCACGAGGCCAGGCUGGACAUCGAGGCGCGCUACUCCGACUUCCUCAGGCAGCGUGAGGACUACAGGGGCGACCACUUCGUCCCGAGGAUCGGGCUGCGCUUCGCUCGGCAGUUCGAGCAGCUCGGUGGCUGGAGGGCCGUGGCCAGCGGUUCACCCGGGCUCCUGGACCCCUCCGCCUGGGGCGACCACCAGGCGCACUGCGCCUGCGACCCAGCAGGCGAGGACGGCCCGCUCGUGCACGUGUCCCCCGGCUUCGAGGAGUUGACCGGCUACAGCCGGGAGCAGUCGCUCGGCAGGAACUGCCGCUUUCUGCAGCCGCACGAGCAGGUGCUGAGCGCGGCGCUGAACGGGGAGGAGCGGAGCGAGCUCCGCUCCUUCUGCAGCGCCGGCAUCGGGGGCGCCGGGCCGGCGCUGCCAUGGAUCCUGCGCUUGGUGGUCAAUGAGCGCCGAAGCGGCGAGUGCUUCCUCAACCUGCUGUUGGUGCAGCGGGCGGUCGUCGACGGCCGGGCCUACCUGGUCGCGUUGCUAACACCGCUGGAGCGCGACCUCCAGCGGCUGGUGGAGACCCUGGCCAUGGACGAGGACGGCCUGCGGCAACUGCGGCGGCUGCGCACCAUCUUGCGCCGCCGCGAGGGCUCCUGCCGCAGCUGUGGCCUGGACGGGAUGCUGGCGCAGGCCAUGGCCGAGUGGGUGGCCGAGUUCCCGCCCUUCCUCGAGCUGCCGGCCAUGGUCGUCCCGGACCUGGACAGGCGGGUUCCACUCGUGGGCGUCGAGGUCUGCACCGCGACGGCGGGCAUCGAGACGGUCGUGGGCGCCCUAGAGUCUGGUCUCCGCCACUUCCACAUCACCUUCCGCGAGCACCGAGUGGACGACUCCAGGUUGAACGUGUCCGAGGUCCACAGGGUCAGCCUCCGCCUCGCCGAGAUGCUCAACCUGUUGCGUCAGCUCAGGAGGUUGUACUACCUCCGCGAGGGCAUCGUGUUCACCGUCUGCUCCCCCCCGCACCUCAUCGACGCCUUCUCCGAGGUCCAGAAGGCUUUCGUCUCCAACGGCUACGAGAUCUCUGGCUGGCUGCUCGACGCGCGCGCGUCGAAGCCGGAGGCGGUGCGUGAGUGCUGGGCGAGGAUGUCCGCCGCGAAGCGGCGCGGCGAGGUGGCGGCCCUGGGCCUGCUCGGGGGUGGCCAGCGCGCCGUGGAGGCCGCCGCGAGGGCGCCGAACGCUUCGAGGGUGGCCCUGUACGCGAUGGACGCGCACCCCGCCCGGCGGCUGGAGAACGCGGAAGCCCAGCUGCUGCAGAGGCUGCACGCCGAGGGCACCGCGCUCCUCGCCUGCAACGUCAGCGGCCCCGGGCAGUGCUGGCGGCGGUGCCCGGAGGCCCAGCGCGCGGCCGCGGACGCCGGCGUGACGCCCGAGGUGCUCGCCGUGAAGUGGUGCGAGCACCAGGGCUGGGGCGCCAUCGUCUCCUCGGACAGGUUCGUCCUCGGCCCGAACAGCGGCGCGAUGCACAGGGCCUUCGUGCGCGAGUACCGCACGGCACCUCCGGCCCACGUGUGCUACGCCGCGUGGGACAGGGGGCGGCCUUCGGCGACGAGGAGCACCACGGGGCUGCCCUCCGGCGGCGGCGCCGGCAGCGCGGGCUCCACGAGGCGGGGCUCCCUCGAGAGCCCUGCCUGGGGCAGGCGCGCGCCCGAGCCGCUGGCCGCCGGCUCCGGCCCGCUGUCCGACUCGGAGCGCAAGCAGAGCCUGGACUCCCAGACCAGCCAGCCGCCUGGGACAGCGCCCUUGCUGCUCGGGCCCAGGGCACUGGCCACCAUCCGGCGCCCCGUCGGCCGGCCACGCCUGCCGCGGUGUGCUGGCGUCGAGGCGCCUGUGCACGCCGAGGGCCCCUGCGGCGGUGCCGAUCUGGGCCACGGCACGCCGUGCUCGUUGCGGCUGCCGCAGAGCCGCGGCCAGCCGUCGUUGCGCCCGCCGCAGAGCGCGCCCUCGGCGGAGUGGCCGCGCGUGGGCGCCCACUUGGGGCUGGAGCCGCGCUUCCCCAAGCUUCUCUGUGCCAGCCCUGCGCGAGAGGGCCACGUAGUCGACAAGGAGCUCGUUGACCUGCUGGCGCAGGGCCAACCAGGGAGAUGCGAGUUGGCGCGGCAGGUGACUCCCCGCCAGGGUGCUGGCCGCGGCGGUCACCGAUCGGCGGGCCUCGGCGAGACGAGCCGCAGCGCGAACACGAGCCAGGCGUGGAGCACUCGGAGCCAGGCGUUGACCACUCGGCAGAGCGAGGAGGGGCUGCCUCGCUGGAGCCCGAGGGCAGUGAAGAGCCGCCCGCCGCCCCCUCGGCGCGCGCGGCAGGAGAGCGCCAGCGCCCGUGCGCAGCACGUGGCGCGGCAGCCGCAGGGGUGCCCGCCGCACGCUGGGCCGUCGACGGCCCGAUCGUGACCUUCUGCUCUGGUGGUCUGAAACUCGACCUCCUGGGGAUCGAAGGACGACAUACUGAGCAUGACUUCUCUGGGAUCCGCGCGGAGUUCCCGAAUCGGCGCCGUGCCCCCCCCGGCGCGCUCCGCGCUCUACGGGUGUGUGGGGGGUUCCAGCGCCGAUCCAAGAAAUACGCGCUGACCUCCAGGAAGUUGUGUUGACGCCGUUAAUGACUCUUCGCGGGGUAGGGAAGCGGGCCGUCGGUUUUCACCCGCGAGGUGGGCGCACGAUGCGAGGAGGUGUGCGCACCAUGCGUGCCACGCUCGCGGCAUCGAUUUGCUCGCCGUCGCUGCACCAAAUCUGGCGCAGCUGCGCCCGACAUCUUUGUCUGGCAGCGGGCAGGCCGCCGAAAACGGCAGGCUCCCGGCGGCCAAGGGUUGUUCACUGGUCUUUCUUGCCUCUCUGGGAUGUAUCGAAGACGUCGUCGGCGAGUCACCGCCGCCCCCUUGUCUUUUGCAGAUGCCUUAGCCGCGGUAGUGUCGACCGGAAGUGCGCGCAACACCACCUCGUGGAUUGCGUGCUCCUCUUGCUGUUGGUAGCGCUACUGGGGGAACAAGAGCCGCGCGGCGAGACCAGGGAGCGCGCGAGAGCGCCCAGGCAGCGCCGGAAUUCGGCGGCCCAGGGCCCGUCCAUGGUGUGUCGGCCCCCGUAGAUGCGAACGAGCCCGAUGAGCGCGUCCGGUCAGCGCCCGAUGAGCGCGCCCGGCUGGCGUACCCGAUUCGCGUGCCCGACCAGCGCGUACGACUAGCACGCCCGCCCCCGUGUCAAGACUCCGCUGCAGCCACGCUCGUGCAGGUGUAGGACA